CUACUAUCCGUCAUAUAUGAAUGCUUCUUUUGGUGAAGUUAAAGGGGGUUGCUGGUAGCUGUUGUGCUCGCUUAUAACCCUGCGUACUUAGCCCGGAAGCCGAGUGAAGGCCCGAGUCCAGUAGCACCAACAGCCGCCUUCGUCGUGAGUGUUUAUCGCCUUGAAGUGAGAGUUGGCAGCUUCCUUGGUGACACAGAGACUUCUCCCUGAGGAGCCAAGAAGCAGACGGCUCAUGACUUCUGACCAGGACACAAAAGUUGUAGCUGAACCACAGGUGCAGCAAGUUCAAGAGGCAAAGGAGAACUCUCAUUUGGAAUCCGCCAAGGUUUCAGACCUCAACCCCAAUGCGAAAGCAUGGGCCAACCACAUGUUUAGCCUGGACCCCAGCGGGACUGCUGACACCACAACUGCUGCCCUGCAGCCAUGGAAGGACGGCUGCGAUAGUUCAGACGACCCGGGCCCAGAAGGCUUUGAAGCCAGUGAGGACAAAGCUUACAAGGAGCCUCUGCUAGCUGACCCAGAUGAACCUCCACCAGAACCAGUAAUGCUGGCCGAGCCGUGCCCCAUUGCCUCCGUCACACUGGAGUGCUCCGAGCCCGCCUACACAGAAUACCCCGAGCCUGGGCAGCCGGGGUGCACAGGCAGUGAUUCUCAGCCUGACAACACCCAGGAGGGCUUGAGGGAGCACCUGAAAAAGACCCUCGAGUUCUGUCUGUCCCGGGAGAACCUGGCCAGUGACAUGUACCUCAUCUCCCAGAUGGACAGCGACCAGUAUGUGCCAAUCGUGACAGUGGCCAACCUGGAUCACGUCAAAAAGCUCAGCACUGACGUGGAUCUGAUUGUGGACAUUCUUCGAUCUUUGCCUUUGGUCCAAGUGGAUGAGAAGGGGGAGAAGGUGCGACCCAAUCAGAACCGAUGUAUCGUGAUCCUCCGAGAGGUUCCAGAGAGCACACCCAUAGAGGAAGUUGAAGCCCUGUUCAAAGGAGACAACUUACCCAAGUUUAUCAACUGUGAAUUCGCCUACAACGACAACUGGUUCAUCACCUUUGAAUCAGAAGCAGACGCACAGCAGGCAUAUCAGUAUCUCCGAGAGGAAGUGAAGACUUUCCAAGGGAAACCAAUAAAGGCGAGGAUCAAGGCGAAGGCAAUCGCAAUCAACACUUUCAUGCCAAAGAACGGUUACCGGCCGGUGGAGGUGAACCUGUACGCUCAGCAGCGCUACACGUCGUACUACAUCCCACAAGUUUACAGCCCCCAGCAGCAGUUCCCUUUGUACAGCCUGAUCACGCCGCAGGCCUGGUCCACCACUCACAGCUUCAUCGAUCCAACGCUGGUUCCUCCAUUUCAUAAUAACCAGUUCAUCAAUGGAUUUACUACAUCCCAUAGUUUCAAACCAGCAACAUCGCCCCUCACAGUCAGACACUUCUCACCCAGAAACAGAAAUCACAGUAAGUCUCACCUGAGGCCGACCAUCCCCACAUCAGACCGCAGUACUGGGCUCCUGGAGAGUCCCAACCUCUUCCCCACCUUUCCCAGUGAGAGGCUCAACGGGGUUCGUAGCAGCCCGCAAGCACGAGUCCCCACCAGUCAGCCCAGAGCUAGAUUACCCUCCACCACAACCUUCCCUCGCAGAGAUGCCGUGGGCACCGGGCGCGUGACGGACCCCUCAACGCCUGACUACUUCCUGGGAGUUGGUCGAGGAAGGAAAAAUGUUUCUGCUUCUAGGAAAAAGAGGGAUGAAAAGUUUACAAGAGCGACUCCUCAGUCGCCUCCUCCUCCCCCCAAACCCCCGUCUCCGAACUUUGAGCUCGGCCUCUCCAGCUUCCCUCCACUUCCAGGAGCAGCAGGCCAGCUCAAAACCGACGGCGUGUUUGAAAACCGACUGGCCAGCAAGGAGGCGGCCGGAACCAUCAAGGAACUGAAUGCGAGCGCCGAUUCCAGCAGCAGCGGAGCUCUGUCCCCAGUGGGUCCCAAAGAGCCUCUCCGGUCCUCCACCUCUCCACUGACCCCAAGCUUCCAACCCUCGCCAACAACCACGACCUCGGUCCCGGCUCCGAGCCCGGCUCCCAGCUCGCCUCACAGCCCCGCCCCCUCUGUCUCUGUGGAGGUGAAGGCGACGGAGGUCAAGCCAAAGGAGGUGCAGCAAUCUGUGGAGCGAGUUCCCGGCACUCUGUCCACCGCGAGCAAAUCAGUGCAGGUCAAUGGAGCUGCAACGGAGCUGAGGAAGCCCUCCUACGCCGAGAUCUGCCAGCGAGUGAAGGACACCCCCACGUUACAGCAUUCACCGAUCCCCAAGGAAGCCAAGCCAACCUGCGGUGCCGUCACAGCCGAGGACAGGAAGUGCACUGACCCCUCCACCCCUGCGGGGGAGGCCAAGGCCAGAGAGACAUACCACUCCUCCUCCAAACCCGGCUCUGUAUCUGGCACCCCGGGCAGACCCCUAAAGGAGGCCCGGAGGCCGGCGGGGAGGUGGGCCUCCCCGCCCCCUCACCAAGGGAAAGCCCCUAUCAAAGAUCCCCACCACACCCCACCCAAGUCCCCGCAGUAGGGUGGCUUCCU